AUGUCCCGUCUUCGCGACCCAGCGGAAUAUGUAUCGAAAGCAAAACAUAGAUGGGCCGGUCACAUCAUGAGAAGAAUCGACGAUAGAUGGACUAAAAGAACGCUAGAGUGGAUCCCAAGGGACGCUAAACGCCCCCGAGGGAGACCGCCAACGAGAUGGAGUGACAUGUUCGCUGCACGGAUGGACCAGCUGAGAGCUCAGCUGGAUACGGCUCAAGGACCUCGUCAACGUCACUCACGAAGCUUGAGAACAUCUUGGAUGACAAUGGCGAGGGAACGAAAUGAGUGGAAGAGAUGCUGGGGCCCGCACGUCGAGUGA